CUUUCUCUCUCUGCAGGCCUCGACCUACCAGGGAGAUUUCUCUUUGCAACCUUGACUCUGAUGACACUAAUUGCGAUUCUGGUAUUUAUAGAGGAAGCAGUCUACAUCUACAGGAAAAUCCCCUCCUCCAAAAGAUCAAUCAUAAUUUGGAUUAAUGCUGCAGCUCCAGUGAUUUCUACUACUUCAUGCAUUGGCAUGUGGAUUCCUCGCUCAACAAUGUUUACAGAUUUCACAGCAGGAAUAUUUUUUGCCAUAGUUAUCCACAAGUUCCUGAUGAUGAUGAUCAAAGAGUGCGGAGGUCAAAAGCUGCUCCUCAGGCGGUUUGAAAAGAGUCACUUCACGAUCAGCACCGGCCCCUGCUGCUGCUGCUGCCUUUGCCUCCCUCGUGUGCCCAUCACUAGGCAAACCCUCUUUUGGCUGAAGGUGGGCACCUUUCAGUUUGCUGUCUUUCGACCUGUGCUCGUAUUUUUAUCAAUAGUGCUUUGGAGUAAUGGCAAUUACCUCCUUGACAAUUUAUCUCCCAAAGAACCUGCGCUAUGGAUCAACAUCUUCAUGGGUGUCCUUACCCUUACUGCUCUGUGGGCAGUUGGAAUCGUGUUUCGAAAGGUUAGGACUCUCCUUACCUGUAAGAACAUUAUCCCAAAGUUUGCCCUUUAUCAGUUUAUUGUUGUUCUGAACCACCUGCAGACCGUUAUUAUCCGCAUGUUGGCCACACAAAGAAUCAUUCCCUGUGCUCCACCACUCUCCUCUACAGCCAGAGCAUCAUAUAUAGCCCAGCAGCUUCUCAUCAUGGAAAUGUUUCUGAUAACUGUAAUCUCAAGAGUCAUAUAUCGGAGAAAAUACCAUGACCUGGAGCCCCUGGAGUGCACAGAUGAAGAAGCUAGGGACAAGAAGCAGACUUCUAAGAUUAUCCUGAAUGGUGCAGUUGUUGAAGAUGGCUUGCCAAAAUUCUGCAAUAAGCCCUCCUGUUCUGCAGUAGCUGGAAGCUCAGCUCAGGAAUCUGUAUAUUCUUGCACCACAAGUAGCCACUGUCCAUGUCAGAACAACUUCUGA